GGUGCCCUUGAUCGUUUCGUGCAGUUCUUCCUAGCCCCACAGUUUACUGAAAGUGCGACGGAACGGGAAGUAAAACACUCAAACAACAUCAAAAGCGAUGGUUGGAGGAAACUCCAAGUGGAAAGGUAUCUUUCCAAACCUGGCCACGAUUACGGAAAAUUUGGAACCGGUAACAAGAAAACUUUGAUGGACGACGCUCGUGAGAAGGGUAUCGAGCCUCGCGAAGCAUUACUCAAAUUCCACAAAGAGUGGUAUAGCUCAAACUUGAUGUCACUUUGUAUCGUGGGUGCCGAAUCACUUGAUGAGAUGGAAGCAAGCUUGGGAACGCUCGGUUUUGACGCCAUUUUGAACAAAAAAGUAAACUCCAAAGAGUGGAACGAUAGUCCUUACGGGGAGGAUCAAUUGAAAAAGAGGGUUGAGGUCGUUCCCAUCAAGGAUUCUCGUAGUCUUAAUAUUCGCUUUACAAUACCUGAUCUUACGGAUGAGUAUAAAUCCAAUCCAGCUCAUUACAUAUUACUGAUUCGAACACAUUUGCUCGGUCAUGAAGGAAAAGGAUCUUUACUGUCGGAGCUCAAACGGCUAGGUUGGGUUAGCUCGCUUUCGGCUGGUGAGACCACGUUAGCCAAAGGUUUCUCUGCAUUCGACAUCCAUGUUGAUUUGAGCAUAGAUGGCCUCAAUCACGCUGAUGAUAUUGUUGCAUUAGUUUUUUCUUAUAUUGGUCUAUUGAAGCGAACAGGAGCUGAAGCUUGGGUGCAAGAG